AUGAGUCUCGACAGCAAGAUCGUGGCGUAUCGCUUCAUUGGUUGCGCUACGCUGGCAUUUUCGAUUGCGUCUGCGCUUUCCAUCUGCAUCACGCUCCCUUUGGUCUCCGAGUACGUAGGUAGUAUCAAGGUCCGCAUUAGCAGAGAUGUGAGCUAUUGCAAAACAGCGGCUCAAGACAUCUGGUCAGAAAUACGCUCAAUAAAAUCUGAUAACAGUACACGCGCACAGCGUCAGGCAGGCUACGCGACUCCAUCGUUCAAGCCAGGAGAUGCAACUCUUGCUGGAGCUGGCGGUCAACCGGAGACCGAUCCAUGUGCAGGCUGUUGUGCUCCUGGACCACCAGGUAUUCCAGGAACACCUGGAAGACCAGGAAGAGCUGGUAAAUCUGGUGCAGCAGGAAUGAAUGGAAUUCACGGGAAACCUCCUCACGUCCCUUGUGAAGCCAUAACACCUCCCCCAUGCUCUCCUUGUCCGCCAGGACCACCAGGGCCGCCAGGACCGGAUGGGGUUCCAGGCCCCGCUGGAACACCUGGAGAUGAUGCCGCCCCGGGCCCACCCGGCAGCGCGGGCCCACCAGGACCUAAGGGACCUCCUGGAUCAAGAGGAAGAGAUGGCCAACCAGGAGCUGGAGGUGCUCCAGGAGCUCCUGGCAGCGGAUCUCCAGCAGUACCAGGUAAACCAGGGCCACCAGGUCCUCCCGGACCGGCCGGACCUGCAGGUUUAGAUGGAGUCGAUGGACCGUCAAAUGGUGCAGGUCCAGCCGGGAUUAAAGGACCACCAGGUCCUAUCGGUGCACCUGGCUCUGACGGUAAUCCAGGUGCACAAGGUCCCUCAGGCAAAUCAGGAAGUCCGGGAGAGAAAGGAAUUUGCCCCAAGUACUGCGCCAUCGACGGGGGAAUAUUCUUCGAAGACGGUACAAGGCGAUAG